AUGUCGAAGUUUUCAUAAUUUUUAGAGGACAUCAGUGAUUUUAAAGAGAGACCUGUUAAAUUAAAACAGAUUAAAAAGGUUCUAAAGAUUAACGAGAAAAGCUUUCCUCCUUGCAAAAAUAUCUUGAACUAUUACUUCUAGGAAUUUUCAAAACGCACAAAUGAGGAACAUCGUACUAAAUGGCAUAGAAAAGAUAAAAUUUUAUUUGUAUGGACUGUGCUAAAAUAUUUUGAAUUCAUAAAGAAGAACGAUCUAAACCCUUCUGAAGAUGAUUGGCAUUAUCUAUCAAAUGUCUUAGGAGUAACAGAACAGCUAUUGAAUUUAAAGUGGAUCAGCAUGCUCAAAACCAAUCUGAAAAUGGCCCCUUGGAACCCUGAGGAAGAUGAAAUAUUGCAAAGCUUAAUCACAGAUCCAAACGAAAAUAAAAAUUGGACUUAAAUUACCAUUGAUUUCAAUAGAAUAAAUCCUGCCAAAAUAGUUAGACAUGCUAAAUAAAUUAGAGAAAGAUGGAAUAACUAUUUGAAUCCUGAUCUAAAAAAAUCUGAGUGGUCAUAACCCGAAUAAUUACAACUAUUGUUGCUAGUUUAAGAAAUGGGUAAGAGAUGGUCCCUUAUUUCGAAAAAAAUAUCAGGAAGAACAGAAAAUUAGGUAAAAAAUCAAUACAAUUCGAUGAUGAACACCUAUAGAAGACAAAAUCUAGAUAACGAAGAUAUAGCAAUCAAAAAGUUAUUGGCCAAUUUAUAGGGAAAAGACUAUGAAGGCCCCUUACCAUUGACUUGUAAACGCAUAAGAAAAACAGUUAAUAAUAAUAACAUCAAUAAUUAAAAUUCUAAUAAUAAUAACAACAAUAAUAAUAAUGCCACAGUAUAUUAAACUACUAGUAAUGAUUAAAAGAAUAUGCAAAUAGAAAGUAAUGAAAUAAAAGAAGAGCACUAAUAAGAUUAAUAAUUGUAAUCAUAAUAAAUGCUCUAACAAUAAUAAUUAUUAAACUAACAACAGUAAUUGUAAUAGCAACAGCAACAAUAAUCACUCAUGCUUGGAUUACCUGUAUUUUCUCCAAUGUUGCCUUUCUCUCCAUUACAUUAUCUGAUUAAGUCGAGUCCAAAUAAUAUAUCCUCACCUUACGAAAUGAGGAAUAAGAAUUAUUCUAGUUAAUUACAGCUUUUUGAUGAAUAUAUGAAAUCUACUAACAAUCUUGACUAAAGUGCCCCCCAAUCAGAGGCUUGUCUAUUAAGGUUGUUUAAUUCGCCUGCAUUUAAUCAUUAAGGGUUUCCUUAUGCAACUAUGCCUUACUAAUAACCUACAUAACAGUAACCUGCAUAUAAUACAAAAAAAAUAAAUAAAAUUCAAAAAGAAUUGCUAAAAUUUGAUAAAGGAGUGAACAGAGAUUGA